UUUCCCCAUCUUGAAAUCCUGGUGGGUUUUUUCCUUCUCUCGUAUCGGCCGCCAGCAACCCCCUUGCCCUCGACCUUCCUUCGCCGGCGUGACCAGCCCUACGGCGAGCCACCAUCUACGAACGGCUGCAACACCGAGUAGAUCCGGCGGCGCAGAUCUGCGAACAGCGAGACCCACUGGCAGUGAGCGGCGGCGACAGAUCCGAGCGAGACACCCAGACCCGUGGCAGCCUCCACUCGACGGCGAGACGUCCCUCCCCUGCGACGGCGGCACCGUGACAGCUUCGAUCUGCAACAGCGCCACACCCACGACGCGAAGACCCGACGAGCGACGGCGGCACGUUCUCACCGACUUUAGAUCUGUUUGGAUUUGGACACUAAUCCAGCAAAGAUCGAAGUUGCUUCAGUAAGGGAUCCGGCCUAAUAGAGCUUAGGAGCGCGUUAGGACCCUUUUGUCUAAAACCAAUGGAACCACAGAAAGCCCAAAAUGAAAAACUGUCGGCUGCAGGUGCUCCAAAUCCACCACCCAUGGCUUCUUGUCGAAAGAAGAAGAAUGAUGACGCUACUUUCCUGGAGGAUUUGAAGGAUCACAUCGACGAGUUCAUUAAUGCAUCCAUGGACGAACACAAAUCGUGCUUCAAGAAGACUAUCAACAAGAUGUUCCGAAUGUCGAAAGUUGUAGCAGAUAGGAACUCAGAGACCACAAAUGGAGUUGAAAGUUCUCUUCCUCUUCGAACAACAGUAUCAGAAUAAAGUUUCUUUCUUUCAUCAAAGUUUGUCUACUUCUUGAACCAACCCCAUGUAAUCUGGGAUUCUUGUUUUGGUUUAUUUCUACUGUUUAUAGUCUUUUUUUUUAAUUAUUAUUUUAAUUUUAGUCCAUGUGAAAUUUUACUGUUGUUUUCCUUGUUUAGCUACCAAGAACUGUUAUAUUUUGAGCCCAGCAACCAAUACUGUUUUCGGAUUU